AGCAACGUCAGGUUAGCUGCACUUCAUUGCAGAAGCUCGACUUGUGAGAUUUACGCUUCCUCGCAUCAUCAGGACCCCUAUUUAUUGGGUUCAGCUCCAGGUCCUCUUCACUGUCGCAAAAACCCACGAUUUGAGCUAGCACGGGACCUGAAUCCGACUGUGUCUGACCCCCGAAACUUUAUUGAGGCUGUGUUAUACGAGAUAUCCAAGAACAUCGUGGCUUUCGCGACUGGCGACGACAUUGCGACGUACGACAAAACAAUACGGCUCAUUGCAUCGGCAUCAUCUAUGAUUGGGCUGGGAGAGAUCACCUACUCCGACUGCGACGCCCAAUAGCUUCUCCAGCAUGGCUGGGCGGACUCCAGGGGCAUCGUCCAGCAACCGCGACGACCUGCUCCUCGACCUGAACGACUAUGACCAGCCGGCGUACCAUGGAGGCAGCCGGCCUACGAUGAACGAUGAGGACAUGCUGCGGGCAUAUAACGCGGACCACGAUGAUACGCAGCCGCGACCGUCAGUUUCAUACGAUGACUUUGUUGGAUCUAGUUCUGGGCCGUCGGGAGUCUCGAUGAGGGAUCUACCUGGAAGGCCAGGAAACUUCAAUCGCGGUGGCUCGGACCCGUAUAAUAACAAUGACAUAACGAGGACGAACACCAGCCAGACGUCUGGGCUGGGGAAUUAUGACCGGUAUGGCGACGAUGGGGAUGGAUAUCCGGAUGAUACGGAUUCGAUGUACUAUAAUGGGGGGGAACCGGCGGGCGGACGACCUGGCCAGCGGACAUCUAAACCGCUGAACAGGAAUAGUGUGAUGAGUAUGGGAGGAGGACUGAUGGGAAAGGCAAAGACCAUGCUGGGCAUGGCACCAGCGUAUUCAGAGAUGGACCUACCACUCACAGAACCGGGAGCGCAAGCAAGAGCCGACGAUCCGGGUUUGGGAGCGCCAAAGAAAGAGCACAAGGCCUUUGAUCUCGGCAACUUCAAGUUCGGCUUUGGCAGAGGGAAGCCAGACCCUUCGACUCUUGGACCGCGGUUAAUAUACCUGAACAAUCCUCCGGCGAACAGUGCGAACAAGUUCUCCAGCAACCACGUCUCGACAGCCAAGUACAACGUCGCCACCUUCUUACCCAAGUUCCUCUUUGAGCAGUUCAGCAAAUACGCCAACCUGUUCUUCUUAUUCACUGCUGGUCUACAGCAGAUCCCCAACAUCUCACCUACGAAUCAAUAUACCACCAUUGGACCUCUUAUAGUUGUGCUGUGCGUCUCUGCGAUUAAGGAGCUGGUGGAGGAUUACAGGAGAAAGUCGGCAGACAAACAAUUGAACUACUCGAAAACGAAGGUCCUCCGUGGGUCAUCAUUCCAGGAUACUACGUGGGUCAAUGUCGCCGUGGGAGAUAUUCUACGGAUUGAGUCUGAGGAGUCGUUUCCCGCGGAUUUGGUCUUGCUUGCCAGUUCGGAACCCGAAGGUUUAUGCUACAUCGAAACGGCGAACUUGGACGGGGAGACGAAUCUCAAGAUCAAGCAGGCUAUCCCCGAAACGUCUGAGAUUGUCAGCCCUACAGAGUUGAGCAGGUUGGGUGGCAAGCUCAAGUCGGAACAGCCGAAUAGCAGUCUUUAUACGUACGAAGCUACGCUCACCAUGCAAGCUGGAGGCGGAGAGAAGGAACUGCCUCUCCAACCUGAUCAGCUUCUACUUAGAGGAGCUACCCUGCGAAAUACCCCUUGGGUUUACGGAAUUGUUGUCUUCACGGGCCACGAGACGAAGCUGAUGCGAAACGCCACUGCGGCGCCUAUCAAGAGAACCGCAGUUGAGCGCCAGCUGAACCUACAGAUUCUCAUGCUCAUCAGCAUCUUGCUUAUUCUGAGUGUGCUCGGCACGGUUGGAGAUAUUAUCUCACGACAGAGGUUCUCUGAGAAGCUCCAGUAUCUCCAGUUGGAGAUUCCAAGCGGCAUAGCGGCCAAUGCCAAGACCUUCUUCUUCGACAUGUUUACGUUCUGGGUUCUCUUCUCGGCCCUCGUCCCUAUCUCGCUGUUCGUGACGAUUGAAAUUGUCAAGUACUACCAGGCGAUGCUCAUCAGCGACGACCUCGACAUGUACUAUGAUGUCAACGACACCCCAGCCGUCUGCCGGACAUCGAGUCUGGUGGAGGAACUGGGACAAGUCGAGUAUAUCUUCUCGGACAAGACAGGCACUCUCACAUGCAACCAGAUGGAGUUCAAGCAGUGCUCUAUUGGCGGCAUCCAAUAUGCGACUGAGGUCCCAGAAGACCGCAGAGCUACGACUCAGGACGGCAUGGAGGUUGGCAUCCAUGAUUUCGCCAGGCUAAAGGAGAACCUAAAGACCCACGAGUCGUCAAAUGCCAUUCACCACUUCCUAGCACUUCUAGCAACCUGCCACACCGUCAUCCCCGAAAGACUCGAGGAGAAGGGUGGAAAGAUCAGAUACCAAGCCGCGUCACCCGAUGAGGGUGCCCUGGUAGAAGGCGCCGUGCUCAUGGGCUACGAGUUCACAGCCCGCAAGCCGCGGUCGGUACAGAUCGUAGUCGACAACCAGGAGCUAGAAUACGAGCUUCUCGCCGUCUGCGAAUUCAACUCGACCAGGAAACGUAUGUCUGCCAUCUUCCGCUGUCCCGACGGAAAGGUCAGAUGCUACUGUAAGGGUGCCGAUACCGUCAUCCUCGAGCGUCUGUCUCCUGAUAACCCGCACACCGACGUGACGCUCCAACAUCUCGAGGAGUACGCCACGGAGGGUCUACGCACGCUCUGCCUCGCCAUGCGCGAGAUCCCCGAGCAGGAAUUCCAGGAGUGGUGGCAGGUGUACGACAAGGCUCAGACGACCGUCAGCGGCAACCGCGCGGACGAACUGGAUAAAGCUGCUGAGCUUCUGGAGCGCGACUUCUACCUACUCGGCGCUACGGCUAUCGAGGAUCGUCUCCAGGACGGCGUGCCAGAGACGAUUCACACCCUCCAGGAAGCUGGGAUCAAGGUGUGGGUCCUGACAGGCGACAGACAGGAGACAGCCAUCAACAUCGGAAUGAGCUGCAAGCUGAUCAGCGAAGACAUGACCCUCAUGAUAGUCAACGAAGUCGACGCCCCCUCCACCCGCGACAACCUCAAGAAGAAACUCGACGCCAUCCGCAGCCAAGGUGCCGGCCAGCUCGAGCUCGAAACCCUUGCCCUCGUCAUCGACGGGAAAUCCCUCACCUAUGCCCUCGAAAAGGACCUGGAGAAGGAUUUCCUCGACCUCGCCGUCAUGUGCAAAGCCGUCAUCUGCUGCCGUGUCUCCCCGCUCCAGAAAGCCCUCGUCGUCAAGCUGGUUAAGAAACAUCUCAAGGCUAUCCUCCUCGCUAUCGGCGACGGCGCUAAUGACGUCUCUAUGAUCCAGGCUGCGCACAUUGGUGUCGGUAUUAGUGGUAUGGAAGGUCUACAGGCUGCUCGUAGCGCCGAUGUUAGUAUCGCGCAGUUCAGGUACCUCCGGAAACUCCUCCUCGUCCACGGCGCGUGGAGUUACCAGCGCAUUAGUAAGGUUAUCCUAUACUCGUUCUACAAGAACAUUGUCCUCUACAUGACGCAGUUCUGGUACGUCUUCCAAAACGUCUUCUCGGGAGAAGUCAUCUACGAGUCCUGGACCCUAUCCUUCUACAACGUCGUCUUCGCCGUGCUGCCCCCCUUCGCAAUGGGUAUUUUCGACCAGUUCAUCUCGGCCCGCUUGCUGGAUCGAUACCCGCAACUGUACCAACUAGGCCAAAAGGGCGUGUUUUUCAAAAUGCACAGUUUUGCCGCCUGGGUCCUAAAUGGCUUCUACCACUCUCUGAUUCUCUACGUCGCCGCGGAAGCAAUCUGGUGGCGCGACCUCCCCCAGUCAGACGGCCGCAUCGCAGGCCACUGGGUCUGGGGCACCGCGCUGUACACCGCCGUUCUGGUCACCGUUCUGGGCAAAGCAGCCUUGGUGACAAAUACCUGGACCAAGUACCACGUGAUGUCCAUCCCCGGCUCGCUGGUGAUCUGGAUGGUGUUCAUCCCCGUAUACGGCACCGUGAUGCCAUUGGCGAAGAUCUCGAGGGAGUUUGAGGGCGUGAUUCCGCGGCUGUUUACGAGUCCGGUGUUUUGGCUGCAGAUUUUAGCGUUGCCGGUGCUUUGUCUGACGAGGGAUUUCGCGUGGAAGUAUGCGAAGAGGAUGUAUUAUCCGCAGACUUAUCAUCAUAUUCAGGAGAUUCAGAAGUAUAAUAUUCAGGAUUAUCGGCCGAGGAUGGAACAAUUCCAAAAAGCAAUCCGCAAAGUCCGCCAGGUCCAGCGCAUGCGCAAACAGCGCGGCUACGCCUUCUCCCAAGCCGACGAGAGUCAGACCCGCGUCCUGAACGCGUACGACACCACCCGCGAGCGCGGACGGUAUGGCGAGAUGAUCGGAGCUGGGAAGGUGGGGGGGAGGUAGUUUGGCCUUUGCCUUGCACCUUACCUCCUUACCCCUUGCCGCACCUCAUCACUCCUUGAUUAAGUUGGAGUUGAUGAGUGGGAGGGGAGGGUGACGAAUGCGAGGGUGAUAGGGGGGUUGACGGUGGGAGUGGAGGAAACGAAAAGGGGAGAGGGAGGAUUAUCUAAGCGUUGUCUUUCUUGUGUAGAUACUACGCGUUUUCUGUGGCUGUGUCUGCGGUGGUAUAUUUAUUUUUUUCUUUCUUAUCUAGCACUGAAGCGAUGCUGGGGGGUGGAAAGGGAUGGAUGGAUGGAUGGGGGAUACUUGUACGAUGAACGAUUAGAAUUGGGAAGGGAAGUGGGGAGGGUUGGGGGUGUAUUGAAUGAAUAGGAUUUGAGUUGAAUCUCGGAAUGGAGUUGAGUGUGAAGAUGGAGUUGAUUGAAUGUGUAUGUUAACGUGCAUGUCCAUGUCCA